UCCGUCAAUGCCUACAGGAGCUUCUGAUGGCUAUACUGGUCAAACAAUGUCUCCAUUUACGGAUUCAUCAAUGCCUACAGGUGGAUAUACUUCAAUGCCUACAGGAGCCACUGAUGACUAUACUGGUGAAACAAUGUCGCCAUUUACGGAUUCAUUAAUGCCUACAGGUGCUGAUCCGUCAAUGCCUACAGGAGCCACUGAUGGCAAUACCGUUGAAACAAUGUCUCCAUUUACGGAUUCAUCAAUGCCUACUGAUGGAUAUCCUUCAAUGCCUACAGGAGCCACUGAUGGCUAUACCGGUGAAACAAUGUCUCCAUUUACGGAUUCAUCAAUGCUUACAGGUGGAUAUACAUCACUGCCUACUGGAGCUAAUGAUGGCUAUACUGGUGAAACAAUGUCUCCAUUUACGGAUUCAUCAAUGCCUACAGGGGGAUAUCCUUCAAUGCCUACAGGAGCCACUGAUGGCUAUACUGGUGAAACAGUGACUCCAUUUACGGAUUCAUCAGUGCCUACAGGUGCUGAUCCUUCAAUGCCUACAGGAGCCACUGAUGACUAUACUGGUGAAACAAUGUCUCCAUUUACGGAUUCAUCAAUGCCUACAGGUGCUGAUCCGUCAAUGCCUACAGGAGCUACUGAUGGUUAUACAGGUGAAACAAUGUCUCCAUUUACGGAUUCAUCAAUGCCUACAGGUGGAUAUCCAUCAAUGCCUACAGGAGCCACUGAUGGCAAUACCGGUGAAACAAUGUUUCCAUUUACGGAUUCAUCAAUGCCUACAGGUGGAUAUCCUUCAAUGCCUACAGGAGCCACUGAUGGUUAUACUGGUGAAACAAUGACUCCAUUUACGGAUUCAUCAAUGCCUACAGGUGCUGAUCCGUCAAUGCCUACAGGAGCUACUGAUGGUUAUACUGGUGAAACGAUGCCUUCAUCUACUGAUUCAUCAAUGUCUACAGGUGCUGAUCCGUCAAUGCCUACAGGAGCUACUGAUGGUUAUAAUGGUGAAACAAUGCCUUCAUCUACUGAUUCAUCAGUGCCUACAGGUGCUGAUCCUUCAAUGCCUACAGGAGCCACUGAUGGCUAUACUGGUGAAACAAUGACCCCAUUUACGGAUUCAUCAAUGCCUACAGGUGCUGAUCCGUCAAUGCCUACAGGAGCCACUGAUGGCUAUACUGGUGAAACAGUGACUCCAUUUACGGAUUCAUCAAUGCCUACAGGUGCUGAUCUGUCAAUGCCUACAGGAGCCACUGAUGGCUAUACUGGUGAAACAAUGACUCCAUUUACGGAUUCAUCAAUGCCUACCGGCGGAAAUCUCUCAAUGCCUACAGGAGCUACUGAUGUUCAUACAUCAACAUCAGCAUCACAGCCUUCAACAUCUUCUUCAGCUUCAGCAUCACCGACCUCAACUUUUUCCACACCAUCCACGUCAGAAGUACCGAGUUCAACAUCUGCAACUUCUUCAACAUCAGCAUCCCCGACUUCAACAACUUCUUCAACAUCGACAUCACCGACUUCAAGAACUUCUUCUACUUCAGCAUCACCGACUUCAACUUCCUCCCCAACUUCCACCAUCACCGACUUCAACUUCCUCCACAACUUCCACGCCAGAAGUACCGAGUUCAACAUCUUCAACGGCCUCAACAUCAGCAUCACCGACUUCAACAACUUCUUCAACAUCAGCAUCACCGACUUCAACAACUUCUUCUACUUCAGCAUCACCGACUUCAACUUUUUCCACAUUUUCCACGUCAGAAGUACCGAGUUCAACAUCUGCAACUUCUUCAACAUCAGCAUCACAGCCUUCAACAUCUUCUUCAGCUUCAGCAUCACCGACUUCAACUUCUUCCACUUUUUCCACGUCAGAAGUACCGAGUUCAACAUCUGCAACUUCUUCAACAUCAGCAUCACCGACUUCAACAACUUCUUCAACAUCGGCAUCACCGACUUCAACAACUUCUUCAACAUCGGCAUCACCGACUUCAUCAACUUCUUCUACUUCAGCAUCACCGACUUCAACUUCUUCCACAUUCUCCACGUCAGAAGUACCGAGUUCAACAUCUGCAACUUCUUCAACAUCAGCAUCACCGACUUCAACAACUUCUUCUACUUCAGCCUCACCGACUUCAACUUCUUCCACAUUUUCCACGUCAGAAGUACCGAGUUCAACAUCUGCAACUUCUUCAACAUCAGCAUCACCGACUUCAACAACUUCUUCAACAUCAGCAUCACCGACUUCAACAACUUCUUCAACAUCGGCAUCACCGACUUCAUCAACUUCUUCUACUUCAGCAUCACCGACUUCAACUUUUUCCACAUUUUCCACGUCAGAAGUACCGAGUUCAACAUCUGCAACGGCUUCAACAACAGCAUCACCGACUUCAACAACUUCUUCAACUUCGGCAUCACCGACUUCAACAACUUCUUCAACAACCUCCUUAACGUCAGCAUCAGCAACUGCAACAACAGUUACAACAUCAGCAUCACCGACUUCAGUUUCAGCAUCAACAACAACCACAGCAACUACAACACCGACAACUAUAACAUCAACAAUAUCCGCUUCUACAGCAGUUGCACAAUCUAA